AAAUUACUCCACAGACACGAUCACAAAAUCGUUAUCAUUUAUUUUCUUUUACCGUCAGUCGUAGAGCAAACCGGAAGCAGUCGUAGGACCCCGGAAAUUAAUGAAUGUAGCAGGUUUAUUUUUGCGCCACACAAAAUAUCAUUUGUAGAAAAUGGGAGUUACGUGUGUGUGUCAGGUGCCGGUGGUGGAGGGGAAAAGUGUCCAGCAGACGGUGGAGCAGCUGCAUAAGAGACUGGAGCAGCUCGGAGCAGUGAAACAGGGCAGUUUCUUUGUGGACUGUGAGACGUAUCAUGCCACUACUAACACUGGAGCUCAGCCCACUAAACUCCUGUAUGUGAUGCAUAACUCUGAGACACCUCUCAGCUGUCUGGCUCUGUUUGACGGUGGCCCUACACUGGCGGCGGACGCUAACUUCGAUGUGCUCAUGGUGAAGCUAAAGAGUCACUUCCAGAAUGCGAAGGGCCACAAAGUAGAGAGCCGCGGUGCCCGUUAUCGCUACGCUGACUUCCUGAUUAAAGUCGGGACAGUAACAAUGAGCUCCAGCGCUCGGGGUAUCUCAGUGGAGGUGGAGUACUCAGCUUGUGUAGUUCCUGGUGACUGUUGGAACCUGAUGAAGGAGUUCAUGCAGAGUUUUCUGGGCUCCAGCGUUCCUGACCUGCCCUCUGUGUUCAGCAGUAAGGCUGAGGGUCUGUUCGCUCCGGCUGACUGCAUGGACACCAUGAACCAGUACCUCGAGCUCUUCAGCAAAAUCCGCAAACAGCAGGUGCUGCCGGGGAGCGGCGUGCGCUGACAAACACACACACAAGCUGGAAAGAAGCCACGACAUGCAGAUCUGCUGUGGAACAGAACUGUCAGCUCUGGACCAGGACAUAAACUGUAAAAACUCACAAGUCAAUCACAUGUCCAGUUUCUCAGCUGUGUUUUCUUUACUGCUGUAUCAAAGUGAAGGGACACUGUGACUGAAUUUAUGUUGGGGUUUUUUUAAGAAAAUGUAAAAUUUUUACUAAAAUAAAGUUGAACUGUAGCAGUAA